AUGUCUAGCUCUCCCGCUCUCGCACAGCUCUCCCCCGACCCUUCUCCCUCGUUUUCUUCAGCUUUACUCAGCUCUCCCCCUCGCCCGACGCCGUCUACGCCUACGUUCGCAUCUGCCUCCAUUCCCCAUGUCCCUCCUACCCCUCCCGAUUCCACUGCCCGCUCGGCGCCCAACACCGCAUCAUCUCCGUCCCUCAGCUCAAGCUCGACCGCUCAGUCUGUUGUCUCUCGUUCUUCCCCGCUCUCUGCCGCCGCUCCUCAAUUUCAAUCGCGUUUGCUGGACACCCCCAUCGACAUUCAUGAACUAGCUCCAGAACUCGGUAGUCCUUCGCCAUCCGUAGAUUCCGCGCCCUCUGUUUCUGAUCGCGAUAACGGCGCGUUGUACAAGACGCACGAACAGGGAAGUCCCAAGCCGACUCAGGAAGGAGCUCCACGUAAAGGCUUGGUCGAUGCCCUCCCUCCGCCGUUUGUUCCUGCUGCCGCCCGUGUGCAGUACGACCCAGAGCAAGACGACCCGAAAGGAGCGCCCCCGGCGUCUCCGGGCUCGGGUCCACACCCGCCAAACGUGUACAUCAACGGUCUCCCGCCCAACUUCCCCGAAGAGGAUCUGCUCGCGAUGACAAGCCCGUUCGGUAGCGUCUUGAGCGUUCGCACCUUCACGCGACACGUGAGCGAUAAACCUUCGGGGUACGGGUUUGUACUGUUUGAGAGCCUCGAUGCGGCAGAGAAGUGUAUCGAGUCUCUUCGGAAGUAUCGCAAUUUGCACCCGUCCUUCUCCAAGCAAGUGCACAAGAUUCCUGGUACUACAUACGCCUCCGCACCUUCGGCUUGCACCACUGGCCCUCCCGACUCUUUCAAGGUCAAGAUGGAACAGCUCCGCGACACGGGAUCUACCAACCUCUACAUGGAGGGUCUUCCUCUGAGCAUCACUGAAGAGACCCUGCGCGCAUUGGUCAAUCCGUAUCGCAUCAUGAGCUCGCGUUUCUUCCACACGCGCUUGAGUAGCCCUCCAAGGAUCAUUGCAUUUGUUCGGCUGGAGAGUCGAGAUGCUGCGGAAGAUAUCAUCGAGCGACUUCACGGCCGGCUGGUGCGAGGAUGGAACGAUGCUGGCUGUAGGAUCUCUGUCAGGUUCGCCGAUACAGCGGACCAACGUGAACUUAGACGCACUGAACGUCACGGCCGGGAAGACGAACAGUCUCCGGCUCGCUUGACUAUGGCGCGUGCGGCUUUGCUAAACCUGAAGGGCACCCAAUGUCAACCCGAUGAUCUGUCCCCUACUCUCGGGAACAUGGACGUGGUGGAUCUCCAGACUAGCCCCAACCUCGGUCUCGCCUUGAACAACCUUGGGCUGGGUCACCUUGGGGGAUCGCUUUCCCCUUCAGCGGGUCUUUCACCGCUUCAGACUCAGGGACCGUUCGUGGGCGGUGUGGGUCGGCAACGCUUCAGCUCGUUCUCAUCCAGCACCUCGGACCUCGACGCCUUCAAUACCCCAGCUUCUCACGUUCCGACCCACGACCUACGCAUCCCUCAGCAAGCCCUUCCGGGCAACGCAAGCGGUCUGCUCGAUGAACAGAGUCAGCUGCAGCUUGCUCUCAUGAGCAUGCAGGGCCUUCGCACAGGCGGUACUCAGCACGGCUAUACGCCGGUCGAGCAGCUCAUUCUUCAGGCACACGCGAGGCAGAGGGGGGACGCGAUCGGCGGGAGCGCAGACACCGGGCCAGGACACCUUCAUGACGCGCGCAGCUCUGUCGGACUUCGUCUGGCGUCCGCACGAGAUGCCAACCGCCGCCUACUCGGUUCUUUGCCUCAGAUGUCAGAAGACGACUUCCACGCGGCCGCCAAUCGCCUCCAGAGUCAGCAGAACAUCGCACAGCGGUUCUCGCGGGAUGCCAACGGACGGACUUUCGCCCAUCCUGGGGCCGAUGCGCAGUCUGCAUCCCUCCUCUCCGAUCUGGAACGUCGGUUGUCUGUAUCUGACCAACAGACGCGGCAGCGGAACCAUACGCUCGCCUCUCAAGUUCGUGGAAACGGCGACACCCAGGGCCUUCACACUCGCUCGUCCACAUUGCCUUCACAGUAUCUCGGCCUCCGCAACCCCACUCAAGCGCUCCCCCCCACUCACAAUACCCUGUACGAUUCCGGCACCAGUGCCAACAACGUCUCCUUCCAAACCCAACAGACUCGUUCUGGCGCUCACGCCCCUCGCACUACCAGUCACAAGCACGUCCCACAAUCCCCCAGCAUCAGCAACGCGCCGCGUCACACGAGUAUCAGCAACCUUUCUACGAACCCCCAGACGAAUACCCAUGCGCUAUUCACCAGCAAGAGCAACAUCAACCUACCCAGCAUCGGUCACCGCGCCGCCCAGCACGUCAACACCGGCGCCCACGUCACGUCGCCUUCGGCGGCCUCCGUCGCAGCCUUCUCUACACAGGCGAACCGGACGAAGAACGGCAGCCUGUCAGGCGCCUCUGCCAUAGGACAUUUGACGGACGCCCGAGAGGGCGCGAUCGCACAAGAUGCGGAUGCGGAUGACGGCGAAUCCCCCAUCGUCUCUCCCGCACUCACGUAUUCGGCUCGAACGCCUGUUACCCUCAGCCCGGCGACGCCAUACUCUGGAUUUUUCUCCGACGGAGGUGACGCCUUCAAGGGAACCGCGCUCUGUGGAAAGUCUGCGACGGAAGGGCCUAACGCUCUGCGUCCGACCAACGUGAAAGAUGUCGGAGAGACGGUGAACAUCAAGGUCGCGACGGGCAUGUUGGAUCAGUAAGCUUCUAUCGCCAGUCCCUAUUUCUCCGCAGCCUCCGCACCUCUAUACAUCUUGAGACAAUCCUAGCGAGUUACUGUAUGAUUGUUGUAGCACUAGUACUAUAGGCGGCCGACUCCGUACGACGCACACGUUAGAGGACGACCUGUUUCGCGAUUCUUACUACUUUGUUCAGAUAGUAGGUUCGGCAUGGGCGUUGUUGUAUGAGUAGGAUAGAGCAGUCAGUCGUACGUACCGCCGAAGUGUAAACAGAGAAUACUACGCAUCUUCGC